CACGAAAAAACCCUCCUAAAUGGAUCGGCGGGGCGUUGACCAGGCUGGCCAAGUCUACCGCUGGCUGGCCAAUUGCUUCCAUCGAUCCUCACAACCCAUUUCUUCCUAUCAUCUCUUGGCCUGAUGCUUAAUCGGGCCCCAAAAUCAUGCCACUGCAAGAUAGAAUUAUGAAGGAUCCGAAUCCGAUCCUCUUAAUUAUUUUCUUACUCAGCUUUCUCAGCUUCACCUCCAACGUAAUUGGCUCCCAACGGCUUUACAAUCUCUGCACAAAUGCAAGCAUUUACGAUCCAAAAGGUACCUACAGAGCCAACCUCGACACCCUCUUGUCCGCUCUCUCCACCGCCGCCAACACCAGCGGUUUCUACAACUCCUCCGCAGGAAGCAGCUCCUCCGACCAAGUCCACGGCCUCUUCCUCUGCCGCCACGAUGUCUCAACCCAAGCUUGCCGAGACUGCGUGGCGGAUGCUAGCGGGGAAAUAGUGCAGCUGUGCCCAAAACAGAGAGAAGCCAUCAUCUGGUACGACAAUUGCAUGCUGCAGUAUUCAAACCAGUCCGUCUUCUCCAACAAGGGGAAAGUUCUCAUGUUAAAUUCGCUGAAAAUUGACGCUUCGAGCCUGACCCAGUUCAGGCAGGUUUUGGGGGAAACCAUGGGAGACAUAGCUACCCAGGCUGCAAGAAACGAACCGGGGACGAAGUUUGCCAUUAAUGAAACCAAAAUCAUGGGGAAUCAGCAGCUAUAUACGCUUGCUCAGUGCACCCCACAUUUGUCAAUUUCGGCUUGCAACUCUUGCAUCGCCGAUGCUAUCUCCAGAUUGCCGAAUUGCUGCGACGGGAUGAAAAGCGCAAGAGUUCUAACGUCCAGUUGCCACGUCAGGUAUGAUAUUUUCUACCUUAACACCACCGCAUCGCUGCCGGCAUCCGUCGUUCCUCCGCCGCGUUCGCCAAACAGUCCAGAAUCAGGAAGCCAUGGAAGUAAAGGGAAAAAAAUUAUUAUCUCAAUCAGUGCCAGUGGAGCAGCAAUGUUGCUAGGGGCAGCAUUGCUUGGUUCUUACUUUUACCUGAGCAAAAGAAAGAAGAAAGAAGAUAAUCAAGAAGCUCAAUUGAAGGGCUUGGUUGGAGGAAUGCUCGGCAAUGACUACAACAUUGGUCAGACAAAAUCUCAAGACUUACCUACCAUCCAACUGGAUCUUAUACUUGCAGCCACGGCUCAUUUUUCUGAGAAAAAUAAGCUUGGACAGGGAGGAUUUGGUCCAGUUUACAAGGGUGUGUUACCAGACGGCCGGGAGAUCGCUGUUAAGAGGCUCUCGAGAACUUCUGUCCAAGGACUGCAGGAAUUCAAGAAUGAAGUUAUUUUGAUUGCAAAAUUACAACAUAAGAAUCUUGUCAGACUCCUUGGUUGUUGCUUGGAGGGGAGCGAGUCAUUGCUGGUCUACGAGUACAUGCCCAACAAAAGCUUGGAUUUCUUUCUCUUUGAUUCAACUAAAAGUGUAGAACUAGACUGGAAAAGACGCCUUCUCAUAAUUAAUGGAAUUGCUCGUGGUAUUUUAUACCUACAUGAGGAUUCUCGACUCAAAAUAAUUCACAGGGACCUUAAAGCUAGCAAUGUUCUGUUAGACGACAAGAUGAAUCCCAAAAUAUCAGACUUUGGGAUGGCAAAGAUUUUUAGUGAAGAUCAAAAUGAAGCCAACACAAAUAGAGCAGCCGGGACAUAUGGAUAUAUGGCCCCGGAGUAUGCCAUGGAAGGGCUAUUUUCAGUGAAGUCCGAUGUAUUCAGUUUUGGUGUUCUCUUACUAGAGAUAAUAAGUGGCAAAAGAAGCAAUGGUUUUUACCUAUACGAGCAGGGUUAUAGCCUCCUCACUUAUGCUUGGAAAUUAUGGACCGAAGGGCAAGCACAGGAGCUGAUUGACCGUUUACUUGUAGAUUCAUCUCAAUUAAAUGAAGUGUUGAAGUGUAUGCACAUUGGCUUGCUGUGCGUUCAAGAAGAUCCAAUGGACAGACCUACCAUGUCAUCUGUAGUUGUUAUGUUAGCAAACAACACUUUGGCACUGUCUGAACCAACACGACCAGCAUUUUCUGUGGGGCGAAGAGUCUUGACAUCACCUCAGCCCGUAGCCUCUGUUAAUGAGGUAACUCUUUCAGAUGUAUUACCCCGGUGACGUUCACAGUUAAAACUCUUAUUCUUAGCAAAUUGGUAUUUUGUUCCGCUUUGUAGUCUUUAAUCCAAUUUUUGUUGGGGAAAGUUGAUGUACAUGUGAGCAUGUCAUGCACACAAUAGGAAAAUGGAUAUAUUUGUGUGUAUGAUUGUUGUUGAUUUA